UCUCUUUGGGAACUUAAGCAAGUAGGUUUGGGAGAAAAAAUAAGUAUACCCAAUUUGAGAAUUGGACAAUACUGAAACAUCUGGAGAAAAACAAGGAUUUUAAUUCUUUCUGCCUUAUGAAUGUAUCUCAGUUUCUUAUGAAACCUAUUCAGCUAGGGAUGCUUCUUGUCACUUGAAUUAAAUGAGCAAUGAAUACUACGUUUUGGGGUAUUUUUUUUUUAAAUGAAUUUUUAAAUAGGACACAAGUUAAUUGUGGGCGGCACCCAAAUUAAAAAGCAAGGCCAUUUUUUAAAACAAGAAGGGGAUAAUGUUGAAGAUGUCAUUUCUAAAAUUGCUGACGAUGAUGAGAAAAUAAAGCCAAUUGGAUUAGAACUCCAUACAAUACUAUGGAGCCACUAUUAAUUAAGUACUUAGAAAAAUAUGGUGUCUUAAUCCCAGCUCAGGGCCCAAAUUUGGAUAUAAAAAGAAUGUCAAAUUCGAGCUUUCUCAGGUGCUUCUUCUCCUUAUCUUCAGAUUCAGCCAACCGCCGUCACUUCAACAUGGCUUGUUUCAACCCAUCCUACACCAUGCCAGGUGCCUUCUCAAACGUUGGACUUGGGUCCUGCAGAACUGGGCCCAACCGCGUCUCUGGUUGUGGUGGCUAUGGUUACAGUGGCUUUGGAGGAGCCAUCGGUGGAGGGCCAUCAGGCAUGCUUGGUUUGACUUCUGGAGCCAACUUCUCAAGAACCAGCCAGCUCCCACCAUCGGAGAUAGUGAUCCAGCCGCCUACGUGUGUGUUGACGAUUCCUGAACCCGUCGUCUCUGCAAUCAUGCCCCCAGUGAUACUCAGUAGUUCCUCGCCCUGCUCUUAUGGAUCCUUGGGUUAUGGGUCAGGUUAUGGCUAUGGGUCAGGUUAUGGCUAUGGGUCAGGUUCAGUUGGAGGUUGUCCCAGGGGAGAUAUCAUGGGUGGCUUCCAAAGCAUUGGUCCACCAAGGGGUCGAUGCAACAUCUACCGGUAUCCCUGCUAAAUCAAGAUGAAGAUUACGGCCAAGUUCUAAGAGAGAGGACUUGGUGUCAACCCUUGUUGAUGGCCUGGCAAUGCUCAUAAGAAGUGAAAAGGUCAAUAUCUAUGACCCAUGGAGUUCUAUUGUUCAUUUCCUUGUUCUUUUUUUUCCCCCUUGCUUUCCCUGUUCGUUCCCUUACUCCCUCUUUAAUAGGUCAAGGAUCUAUCUAGUUUCUCAACUCCGCAUUGUUUUAGAGAAUUCUGUCUAUGAAGCACGUUCCAUUGAAUGCCUUCCCUUGAUCGUCUGUCUCUUUGUAACGUGGGAUGUUGGUUUCCUAGAUGAUAAUUCCUAAUAAAAUGUAUUCAGC